AUGCAUUUCAAAAGCUCUAUUCUAGCAAUAAUAUUCUCCCUCUUCGCCCUCACCAAUGCAGUUACCCUGAACCAAUUUACCCGGCCUCGCUGUGGUGGUCAAAAGGCCGUCUGUCGCAACAUCGGCCAAAGGGUCUGCUGCGAGGCCGCCUCUCGCGUGUUCGCCUCAGCCAGCUGCACCGGCUGCACAUCCACCGAUUUUCACAUAACCUGGAACAAAGUCGGGCGACUUUUCUGCGGAAAAUCCGCAGCUGCUACCCACGGAGGCGGCUGCAUCUCUGGCGGUUCAAACCUUCGAGGUCACUCUUGGUGCCGGCUCUGUGGUACUAGUACUAGUGGAGUUGAACUCCAAGCAGCGACUUGUACUUCGACAGCAGAGCCGGACGCCCUUGAGAUUGGAAGCAAGUGGUUUACGGUCGAUCGAACGGUCUCUGAAGAUGACAGGAAUGCUUUGUGGGCGCUGUGGGAUAGUGAGGCAGAUGAUGCUAGUGUCCCGCAGAAGCUGCUAAGAUAUGAGAUCGAGGCAGUGACGGACGAUGAGAUUGAUGUGCAUGUGCCUGGGGUCAAUGCGAAUGAGGAGCCAGGAAAACCGCAAGUUGUUCUGCCGGGGCCUGGAUGCACCGAAGAGCACGCAGAGGAACUGUAG